UCCCAAAUAAAUCAUUACCCUCUCUCUCUCUCUCUCCCCAACUCCCCAACAAUCAACUUCACAAACCAGUUCCAAACACACAGCUUCUAUCUCUAUAUAUAUAGUUGACAAGAAGUAUUUGGAGACAUAAGACAGGAAGAUUUAGAGCUUUAAGAGAGAAGAAGAGUUAGGGUUGUGUUUUUUUGGAAUGGGAAAAGGCUUCAGAUUAGUAACAAGUCUUCUUCUUCUUCUUCUCUUCUUCGUCUUCCCAGGCACAAAAGCUAGUACUGAACCAAUCGAAGAAGAAAAGGACAUAACAACACCUUUAGCCACAAAUCCAACAACCAGCGUACCAACCGUUGUCCCUAAUUCUGAUUCUGACGCUUCUGCCGUCGUCACAACGCCACUAACGGUUCCAUCCCCACCACGCGUAGCAGCCCACCCAGGUGAAAGCUGGUGUGUUGCGAGAGAAAACGCUCCCAAAUUAGCGUUGCAAGCGGCUUUGGACUACGCGUGCGGGAUCGGUGGAGCAGACUGUUCAGAAAUCCAAGAAGGAGGAAAGUGUUAUAAUCCAAACUCGUUGAUAGCACAUGCGUCUUUUGCAUUUAACAGUUACUACCAGAAGAAUCCAAUCCCUAGUAGUUGCAACUUUGGUGGAAGUGCUGUCACUAUCAGUGGUGACCCAAGUGUAGGAUCAUGCCACUUUCCGUCUACAAGCACGAAUGAAUCGACAUUAAACGUUAGUGAAGAUGGAUUAGGGCUUUUUGGGAGAAUACCAUCGCACCCAACUCCCAAGCCCGAAGCUUCAAGCUCCUCUUCCAGAACUUUCUCAUAUCUCUACUUCCAUUCUCAUCUUCUUUGUUUUUGGUUUUGUUUUUAUAUCAUGUUCCUGUGGUGGUAUUAGUUUAGUCAUGUAAUAUAUAUAUAUAAACUGAAAUUUGUAAGGUAGUUUUUAAUUCAGUUACAAACCUAAUCGUUGAUAUAUUAGUAUUCUACAUUAUAUCCA